GUGGGGGGCACUCAGCAGGGCUGGUUCAGAGCCGCUAUAGCUCUGGGAAUGAAGCUGUUCCUGAGUCUGGAGGUUCGGGCGUAGAAGGCCUUGUAACGUCUGCCGGAGGGAAGUAGUUCGAACAGUCCAUUACAAGGGUGUGAGGAGUCUUUAUGGAUGCUGACGGCCUUCCUGAGGCACCGUGUGUGGUAGAUGCCCUCCAAGGCUGGUAGCGGUGUCCCAAUAAUCUUCUGCACUCUGUGGAAGAUGCUCCUCUCCGCCUCCGUGCAGCUGAGAUACCACACAGAGAUGCCAUACGUUAAUAUGCUCUCUGUGGUGCAGCGGUAGAAGGUUGUCAGCAGCGUCCUUGUCAUAUAUAAUACUUUUAAUCCAUUACUCCCCGCACCUUUCACAUUGAUUCCCAUUUCACUUGGCCUUACUCUCCUAUCCCUUCCUGGGCGUUCUGCCCCGUUAAUUCUGGUGUCUUAUCUUUUCUUUUACUCUCUUUCCCUUGUAUCUCCAUUUUGUCCUCCCUUCUCCAGAUAAAAUCCCACGACCUGCCCGGUCUUACUCGUAAGUUGCAUACUCGCAGUUAUUUUCAUCGACAUUCCUAAUGCUUUCUCCCCCGUGUUCGAUGUCUCUACGACAAUAUCCACUUUCUGUCUGUGUGACAGCGACAAAGAGUUGGGAAUUCUCAGAGGGUAUUUUGUAGCAAUCUAGUGAAAUACCCGCCGUCGGGAUCAUUCCGAUCCAUCUCAGUCUAUUGAGAUUUGUGUUUUAUUUAUUUCAGGAGGAAGCUGGUCGCAAGAGGAGGGUUAUUGAUGAAACCAAACCAAUGUUGGUGGUAGAUAGCGCGUUGCCCAUUGAAAAGUAUGAUCGCACCCUUUUCUACAAUAUAGUAUUGAGCGAAACAUCUGAUAUCAUCAAACAAGUCUCCGUCACCCUGGAUGUGGAAACAGCGCAUCAGUGGCUCGAGGUGUCGGAGGAUCGGAAGAGGGUGAGACGGACCGAGACCCGGAGGAGUCUCCCUGACACCGGGAAGAGGUUUACAGCCGGGGCGUGUGUGCUGGGAUCGGAGGGAUUCACAUCGGGGAGACAUUACUGGGAGGUGGAGGUGGCGGGGAGUCGGGGCUGGAGUCUGGGAGUCGCCGCAGAGUCUGUGGAGAGGAAGGGGCCGGUCACACUGACCCCCGAGAAUGGAGUCUGGAGGAUAUGGCGGUGGGAUGAGGUGUUUGAUGCAUUCACCUCCCCUCCAUCCCCUCUCCCCGCCCGUCCCAUCCCCGGGAGGGUGGGAGUUUAUCUCAGUUACGAGUCCGGGAUAGUUUCAUUUUACGACGCGGACACCAAGUCCCAUCUCCACACCUUCGCUGGGAAUAAAUUCACGGAGAAACUUUAUCCUUUCUUCAGGCCUUGGGAUGAAAAGUGGCUGAGAAUCUGGUCCGGUUCCGCUCCGGUGUGCAAUAGCGUCGGGUCCCGGGACCAGCAUCAGGAGCGGGGCUCAGGGGUCGUGGGGCAGAAACCCGCUGGACAACAGGUCGGCGCUGAACGGCUCCCAUUUAGUCCCCAAAUUCCGCGUCGUGAAACCACAGUGAGCGUGGAAAUAAAACCAGGGGGAAUGUAAAUGUGGGAAGAGUGAAAUAAACAGCAAAUGACAUCA